UGGAGGGAACUUGGACAGCUUGCUUGGUAUCAGACGGCAAGGUUUCUGUUUAUUUAGUAGAUCGACGACGGUUUGUUCUCUGUUUAUGUUAUAUAAAUACGAUGAGUGCAGAGGAUUCCAGCAGAGGUACGUGGAGGGGUGGGAAUAGAGGAUGGAGAGGAGGAGGUGGUAACAGAUGGCGAGGUGGUGGAGGAGGAUGGAGAGGAGGAGGUGGUGGCAGCAGUAGAAGCGGUGGAACCUGGAGAGGAGGAGGGGGAGGAUGGAGGAGUAGACCAUGGAGAGGUGGAUCAGCUGGAGGAGGAAGAGGCUCAGGAGGAGGCUGGAGAGGAGGUGUCGGUGGAGGAGGAUCUGCAAGCCCAACCAUUAGUACUCAGAGAGUUCCAUGUCAGACUACUCUUGAUGCCUUGUGCCCAUACAAAGGAUGGACACUCUACUUCACAGACGGCUUCAUAGAGAGCUCACCCAGUGUGGAGAAAAUCAAAGUGUUUGAGAAAUAUUUUACUUCCAGGAUUCACCUUUAUGACAAAGAUGAGAUUGAGCGUCAGGGCAGUGUGCUGGUGGAUUACACAGACCUGAUUAAAGACAAAAUGGUGUGUAAAGCACUUCCUGGCAUAAUUACAGAUCUGAAGGAGCAGCCAGAGGUGAUGUUGAACUGUAUGGGAGUGGCCAUUCAUCAGGUGUUGACUACAGAUUUGGAGAAACAAGCUGCUGAGCUACAAGAGGACGAGCUUCCUAUCACUACACCAAUCAUCAAUAUUCCCCACAUCAGCGCGAGGCUGUAUAACUAUGAACCGCUGACUCCGUUGCGGACGUUACGUGCCAGUGUGUUCGGACGGCUGGUUUGUGUGAAGGGAACAGUGGUCAGAGUGAGCAACAUCAGACCUCUGUGUACCAGGAUGGCCUUCAGGUGCCAGACCUGCACAAACAUGCUGUCUCUGCCCCUGCAGCAUGGGAAAUACGCCACCCCUACCAAGUGUAUCCAGCCUGGAUGCCGCAGUCGUUCCUUCAUCCCUAUCCGUAGUUCUCCUCUUACGCACACUGUAGACUGGCAGAUUAUCAAGGUGCAGGAGGUGAUGGGUGGAGAGCAGAGGGAGACCGGACGAAUCCCACGUACUGUGGAGUGUCACCUGACCUCUGACCUCUGUGACAGCUGCGUCCCUGGAGACACAGUUACCGUGACAGGGAUAGUUAGAGUUCUCAAUGAUGGGACUUCCAGAGGAAAUAAAGAUCAGUGCUUGUUUCUCCUCUACAUCGAUGCCACUUCCGUUAGCAACACCAAAGGUCAACAGUCCAAGUCUGGAGGUGAAGGGUCAAGAGGGUCGCUUGAAGAUCGCUCAGGAGGGGAGGAAUUCAGCCUGAAGGAGCUGUAUGCCAUCCAGGAGAUCCAGUCGCAGCCUGACUUGCUGCGACUCAUCGUACACUCUUUGUGUCCUGCUAUCUACGGCCAUCUGCUGGUGAAAGCUGCCCUUGCUUUGGCAUUGUUUGGAGGUCGGCAGAAACACACAGGCAAGAACAGUGUCCCAGUAAGAGGAGACCCACACAUCCUGAUCGUGGGAGAUCCUGGACUGGGAAAGAGUCAGAUGCUCCAGGCAGUGUGUAAUGUGGCUCCAAGGGGAAUAUAUGUAUGUGGUAAUAGCACCAGCACCACAGGAUUAACAGUGAGUUUGUCCCGAGAUGCAGGAACGGGGGAUUAUGCUCUGGAGGCCGGUGCCUUGGUGUUGGCUGACCAAGGUCUGUGUUGCAUUGAUGAGUUUGAUAAGUUGGGGAACCAGCAACAGGCCCUGUUAGAAGCCAUGGAGCAGCAGUCUGUGAGUCUGGCUAAGGCUGGUAUAGUUUCCUCUCUGCCUGCCAGAACGUCUGUUGUAGCCGCUGCAAACCCCAUUGGAGGACAUUACAACAGAGGCAAGACUGUCUCUGAAAAUCUAAAAAUGGGCUCUGCCCUCCUCUCCCGCUUUGAUGUUGUCUUCCUCCUCCUGGACAUCCCAGACGAGUCACAUGACCGCCGACUGUCAGAGCACGUCAUGGCGAAUAGGACAGGAAAAGGCAGAACCAGCAGCGCUGUGGUCACCAGGACCAGCAGUGAUUUAGAGACCUCCAUCCUGCUGCAACACUCAACUCUGCCUCUGUCUGAGCGUUUGCAGGUCCCCGCAGGUGAAAAUGUUGACGUAAUUCCAGCAUGCUUGUUAAGGAAGUACAUCAGCUAUGCUCGUCAGUAUGUCCAUCCCUCACUCACUCCUGAAGCAGCACAAACCCUUCAGGAAUUCUAUCUGUCGCUGAGAUCUCAGGCGCACUCUGCUGACGCUACGCCCAUCACCACAAGACAACUGGAGUCUCUAAUCAGACUGACGGAGGCAAGAGCCAAGUUGGAGCUCAGAGAAACGGCUACGAAGAGUGAUGCUGAGGAUGUAGUGGAGAUCAUGAAACACAGUCUGGCUGACACGUAUUCAGACGGUCUGGGAAAUCUGGACUUUGAGCGUUCCCAGCUUGGUUCUGGCAUGAGUCAACGCAGCGCUGCAAAGCGACUGGUCAACGCGCUGCACUCACAUUCUCAGAGGACCAAUCAGAAGCAGUUCGACCUUCAAACGCUUCGAUCUAUGGCUGACAAACUGAACAUAAAGGUGCUGGAUUUUCAAGGACUCUUGAGUUCCCUGAAUGAACAGGGUUUCCUGCUGAAGAAAGGACCUAAGAUGUACCAACUGCAGACUGUCUGACCACCGACACCUACAACAGUCACACACACACACACACACACACACACACACACACACACACACACACACACACACUUUUCUCAGAUGAGUUGUCUGCUCAAUUACUGGUUAAAAAUAAAUUAUAUUAAUAAAAAAAAAAAAACUAAAUAAAUAAUCUUUAUUGGGAUUCCAUUAACCCGAGAAAGAAAA